AUGUCAUUGCUAGCGUAUAUUUACACUUAUUUAUUGGGUGGUUUCACAUUCUUACCCCUAUGCGUACUAGCAAUAUACUACUUGCACCCAAUCCGUCCUGAUAGUCCCAAACCAGCCAAAAAUCAAAAAAAAUUUAGAGCAGGCGAAAUCGAAGAUGAAGCAAAAUCCGGGGUACAGGCGCUUAAAGCUGGUUGGGUCACUGUAACCCACGAAUACUGGCAGUCUACAGAAGACAUAUCGCUGCUGACUCAAGCAGUGAACGAUUCGACAGAUAACAAAUCUGCGUAUUCGUCACUCUAUAAGCUUGCAAAUAAAGCUGAUGAAGCCGAUAGUAAUUCUAGUUCUGCUUCUUCUUUGGUUAUAGGACCAGGAUCUCCUACGUCGGACGAAAAGAAUAUAAAAGGACCACAGAAAAGACACAGAUUUUAUGCUGUUCUUAAACAUGGAAAUUUGUUUCUUUAUAAAGAUGCCACAGUCAAAGAUGUGAAACAUGUAAUUGUUUUAUCGAGUCAAGUUGUCACCAUUUGGCCACGAGGAAUUGCAGAUAGCCAAUUGUUCACGAAAAACUCCGCCAUUUGUAUCAUGAAAAAAGACUGGUCCAGACACCGGCGACUACUGGACAGCUUUGAUUCCGAUACGGUUUCUACUCAUGAAAUUAUUGCUACGGAAAACAAACACCACAUACAGCCUCCUAAGGGAUCGGUUUUCUUGUAUUGUGACUACAAUAUAGAUAAAGAGGACUGGUACUUUGCGUUAAUUAGGGCGUCAAAAUCUGACACUACUCCAUCUCCAUUGAAUCCAAAUGUGUUUGCCAAGCCAUUGCAUUUUGCAACCGAUGAUAUGAUCGAUAUGAUCCAAACAUUGUACAGUGCCGAGGGCCAACUCCAUUCAAAAUGGUUCAAUGCAAUAACUGGAAGAUUAUUCUUGGCUUUACAAAGAACUCCGGCUAUGAGCGCAUUUUUGGAGAACAGAAUUGCUAAAAAACUCAACAAAAUCAAAACUCCUGGUUUUCUUGAUAAGUUUCAGAUCAAAAAGAUCGACCCAGGAACUUCAAUUCCUUUCUUCACUUAUCCGUCUCUCAAAGAAGUCAACCCCGAUGGAACUCUCGUCCUUUCUGUAUGUGUCCACUACCAUGGUUCCAUGGCCAUCCAAAUUGCAACCAAGGCCAAUAUUAAACUCGGAAGCACUUUCAAGCCUCGUGAGGUGGAUCUACUCUUGUCUGUGACCCUUGAAAAGUUGGAAGGACAAAUGAUCAUCAAGUUCAAACCUCCACCAUCGGACAGAAUAUGGUAUACUUUUGAAACGGAACCUACAAUGGACUUGAAAAUUGAACCUAUUAUCAGCUCACGGCAGUUCAAUUACAACAUUAUUACCAGCACUAUUGGAAAAAAGUUCAAGGAAGCCAUUCGAGACAGUUUGGUGUUACCGCAUUAUGACGACUUGGUGUUCCACGAUACUCUAGGAGAAAUUUAUAGAGGAGGAAUAUGGGACCAGGAAGCAAGAGGAACCGAUUUCGACACUGCAGAGGUGUCGACCCCGGCAGAUUCAGAUGCGGCUUCAAGCAUCGCCAAUGAUAUCGACUUGGACAAGUCCGCACCUUCGGCUGCGAAAGUUCGGCUUUCCAAUACCAUCAAUGAUUUCACGAAAAAGCUCAAGAAAUCCAAAUCAUCUCACACGGUUGCUUUGAACGAAGAUCAAUGUUUGUCCGAUGGAUCUUUCGUUGACGCCAACAAGAAUCAAGAGGGAGAGAGCGACACUCAUGAUUCUUCCAUCAGCAAAAAGUCAAUGAACACCUUGAAAAAAAUUGGACAAUGGUACUUCAAAGACGAAAAGAAAGGUGAAAGUACUGUUACUCAAUCACCAGAUAUGAUUCUGAAUAGGCGUACGCCCAGAAAGUCCAAUGCUGACAUGACCCAUUCUGCUGCCUCAAGCAUGUCCAACCAACCUUCCAGCCCCAAAAAUUACAUUUCAAGCAGCGCUUUUAUUCGUGAAGGAGAACAUGUUGACUUCCCGCAACCUUCAAGUAGCACCCGAGAGUCCAUGAUUGAGCCAGAUGCAACAUCUUUGAGUUUCGGCGUAACUUCUUCGGCAAGAGAAGAAGACUCGUCCACCAGUAGCGCACGCAGUAUACAUGCGGCAGAACCCAGUUUGACAGAGGUGACUCCGGCAGUAGCGUUGGCUGAAGAUACUCCCAGUUUGGCUCAUUCGAAACUAAGAAGAAAACCUCCACCAGAAAGCUUAGCCAGUUUGGAAUCGCAUGAGAAAUCACAAGAAGACGAAGAAAUGAGUGAAGAAAUGAACCAAGAGGCUACUAUGGAAGAAAACGACCAAACCGACAUCUAG